GCCCCUUGGCCGCUUUGUGCCCGCCCCGGGAGGCGGAGCGGGGCGGCAGGGCCGUGCCCCCGGCGGCGGACAUGGUGCUGCUGAGCGCGCCUCGCUGGCUCCGCAGCCGCCUGAGCGAUCGCUUCUGGAGGGUGCAGGAGGUGCUGAAGUAUGCCCGGCAUUUUCGUGGAAGGAAGAACCGCUGCUAUAAGUUGGCUGUACGAAGUGUUCGGAGAGCUUUUGUGAAGUCUACAAAGGCCAGAAAAGAGAAGAAGAGGCUGCUGAGAGCGCUCUGGAUCACUAGGAUUGAAGCAGCUUCUCUUGAACAUGGUUUGAAAUACCCAGCUUUCAUAGGCAAUCUGCUUAAGUCCCAGGUGGAGCUGAACAGGAAAAUGCUUGCUGAUCUGGCUAUCUAUGAGCCAAAGACAUUCAAGUCCCUAGCUGCCUUGGCCCAGAGGAGGAGACAGGAAGGCUUCCUUGCUGCCCUCGGAGAUGGGAAGGAACCAGAGGGGAUAUUUUCUCGUAUCGUACACCACUAUUGAUGCCAGGAGCCUGCAGAUGCGUGUUAUAAACAGGAACUCGUACGGCAGGGUAAGCUUGCUCACUGUCUGCAGCUGAGAUCAGAGCUGUGGAACAAAAUCCUCCAAAGACGAUGCUUGCGGCAGGGAAGAAGGGUUGGGUCAGGGCGUGAAGGUUGCGCGUGGAUGACUUUUUUUUUUUUCCAACAUUUUGUUAAAAGUGAAAUGUGUUAAAAUACAUCGUUAGAAGUGAAAUGCAUUGAGUUAAAAAUUACAGCUCAACCUUAGCAGCUGUGAGGCGAGCCUGUUGCAGUUCCCCUGUUAAAACAUGUACAGCGUGCACAUAUUUUCUGUUCUGUGAAGAACUUAAUAAAGGUGUUCUGUGUGGUUUUUUUUUUUCCUAACUC